GUUUCCAAUCGGACGUAUUUUGAAAUCUCAACAAAAAUGGCUACGUCUGCAGGUCGAUCUCGCUUCCAGUAUUUAUUACAUCUUGCCCAGGAUAAUCUGGACUUCAGGAUACCGGAAAUUAAGGCUCUGCUGGCACUCAGAGGAAAGCCAUUCCGUCCUUCUGAAAGCUCCAGAGAAAAGUGUCCUUUCUUGUGUCUGGACGGUUUGUCUGAGGACGAUGUCCGCUGCAUCAUGGCCAGAUCCGUGUGUGCAAAGUCUGCUUUUGAGUUAUGGGGCCAUGGAAAAACACACGGUGAACUCAAAAGUUCUCUCCUGAAGUACCCAUCUGAAAACAUGAGUCCUUUCAUGCAGAGAGAUUCCACCUACAGAAUCAACGUCUACACCUUCAACAAAACAUUGUUGUUUGAAGACAGAAUCAAAAGGAUCGAUGCUUUAGAGUAUCUCCCCUUUGAGGGCACAGUGAGUCUGAAGAGUCCUCAGCACAUCUUCUGCCUGCUGGAGGAUUAUGGCACCGACCCCAACAACAUCCCUGAGCAUCCCGAAUACAUCUACUUUGGCCGAUGGAUCGCAGACGGGCAGCGUGAACUCAUUCGCUCCCACAGUGUGAAGAACAGACACUUCAUAGGAAACACCAGCAUGGACGCCGGCCUCUCAUUCAUCAUGACCAACCACGCUAAGGUCAAAGAGAACGACCUGGUUUUCGACCCAUUUGUUGGCACAGGGAGCCUGCUGGUGGCUUGUUCUCAUUUUGGAGCGUAUGUGUGCGGAACUGACAUUGACUACAACACCAUCCACGGCAGAGGGCGAUCCAGCCGUAAGAACCAGAAGUGGCGAGGACCCGAUGAGAACAUCAGAGCCAACCUGCGGCAGUACGGCACAGAGAGGAUGUAUGUGGACGUCAUGGUGUCUGAUGCCUCCAAGCCCGUGUGGAGGGAGGCUCCUCUGUUCGACGCGAUCAUCACAGAUCCGCCUUAUGGAAUCCGUGAGUCCACAAGGAAAACAGGCUCCCACAAAGACAUCACAAAACCUCCCGAUGGCAUCUUCGUCGAGUCUCACGUCCCAGUUUCUCAAGCCUACCAUCUCAGCGACAUGUUCUCCGAUCUGUUGAACUUCUCUGCACACUACCUGGUUGUUGGCGGGAGGCUCGUCUAUUGGCUGCCGAUCUACAGGCCAGAGUACUGCGAGGAGAUGGUUCCUCUUCAUCCAUGCCUUCGGCUCAUCAGUAACUGUGAGCAGACACUCUCCAGCCACACGUCACGUCGGCUGAUCACCAUGGAGAAGAUCAAAGAGCCCGAGGAACAGGACUCCUUGGCUCAUCUAUCGGACCCGCGAUUCAGCGCCUACCAGGGACACAACGCCUUCAGAGAGAAGUACUUCAGUGGACUGAACAAGAAGAGCGGCAGGGACGAUGUCUGAUAUCAGUGAAUGAAUCAGGACAUAAACAUUGGCAGAGCUCUGCAGCAGGCCCUUAUAGAUGACGGGCAACUUUUAGAUUUUGGUCAUUAUCAAACAUUUUUGAAGUUUUUUUUUAUUGAUUUCAUCCUACUGUAAAUAAUUUGAAUAAACUGUUGUUGAAAGUGU